CAUGUCUGAAAUAAUGAUCAGCGCUCUCCCUCUCUCCCUCACCAUAUCUCCCGGGCGGAACAUCUCCAAGACGAGUCUGCCCUAAUGAAUCUGCCGACAUUCCAGGUCCUCCUCCUCAUGAACGGUCUAUAAUUAUUACACCCAGUAUGCUUCCUAGAACGCACUCCCUGACUGGGUCCAGCCAACACACACAUCGUGUCUCCGCGCGCGCGCACGCAUGCUCUGUUCCAUCGACACGGAACCCUCUCCCGUCAUGCCCUGACCCACGACGACAACGGAAAGCGUUGAUGGCGCAGCCUUUCCUCCCCCAUCGCGAGACGUCGGUUUUCCCGGGGCCCGACCAUGCACUCUUUCUCUCUCUCUCUCUCUCUUCGCCUUCCAUGGCCAUGACGGGAUCCCUGAAACCACUGGUUCUCGCGUGUGCAGCUGGCAAGGCCAAUCCCUGCGCGUGCCCGAAUCCACACAGGACGAGAAAGGGAACCGCCCGCCUUGGGAUGGGAUGGGAUAAUGGCCCAGGACGCCAUUUUAAAAUAAAAAAAGAAUCUUCCGGGUUGAGCUUCCCACGGCAGGGAAUGGAAGAUUCCGCACAGCCCCCGAUUUGGCGCCAUGCGCCUGGGAGGGAGGAUCGAUCCCGCGAAGAGCAUCCCCUCCCUCUCCGGGUCGUCUAUUUUUGAGUGAUCAUGUUUUUGGUUUGGUCGUUUUCUCUUCCUUCCUUCAAGGCACGAAAACUCGUGGAUUUAUUCGAGAAGUUCUGGGGAGGAAAAUCCACCCUUUCCCC